AUGAAUCUUCUACUAUUAUUCUUCCCAAUAUACGUUUUAGCUACUAUUCAUAAAAUAGAGCUUUACGCCAACUCCACCAAUCAAGAAAUCAACGAACACAAGAUUUCUUACAGAACUGGGAAAUUCCCAAGCUAUGAUUUGUACAUUGAUGAUCAAACUUCAUAUUACCAGUACGAUGAUUUUAAUAAAGUCAUUUUCUAUGAUAACAAAGUUAGGUUUUAUUUAACUGUAAUCAAUAACAUUCUUCAAUUGAGUCCAAAUACUCCGUUGUUAAUAGAUAUUCAGUCAGAUGGUAAAAUAUUAGAUGAUACUUAUGCGGUAGAGACCUCAAGCAUUGCUCAAACAAAUGCUAAAAAGAAUUAUAACAUUUGGUAUGGUACUGAUCCUCCAAUUGAUGCGAUCCCGUUGUCUAUUCAUGCUAGUUACCUUUAG